GCGAUGUUGUUGACGCUGAUUGGAAGCCAUUAAAGACAAUUUAGCGUGUAUUUUUUUUAUCACUGCGAAAUUUUCGUGCAAACCAGUGUGCCCGAUCUAAAAACAAAGCAUGGUGUGACAAGUAGCUAUUUCUGUUCACGCUAGCUGACAGAUAUAGAACCGUACUCGGGUUGGUAGCCACUUUUGACCACCUAUUUGAUAUAGCUGUUGCCACUUAGCUUUCAGUUGAAGCAGAACAUGGGUUCAUCUAAGAAACACAAGGAGAAGGACAGAGAUCGAGAUGCAGAGGACCGCCACAAAGAGCAUAAGAAACACCGUCACAAGGAUCGGGAAAGGGAUAAAGAGCGUGAUGGAACCCGCGAGAAAGAGAAAAGGAAAAGAUCUCGGUCUAGAGAGAGAGCUAGCCGCGGAUCGGAGAAAGACAGCCGAGGUAAAGGCGAGAAAUCUACUGGGGAGCCGCGAGUGAAGAAGGAGAAACCCGAUCCGACAUUGGAAGAGAACAACGAUGCUGGUCCAAAAUCUGCAGGUGGAGAUGCUUCACUCAGUAUUGAGGAGACCAAUAAGUUGAGGGCCAAACUGGGGUUGAAGCCACUGGAUCUGAAUGAGACCAAGAAAGAGGCAGGUACGAAGGAGGAGCCCUUGCUGGCAGAGACAGUGAACCCAAUUCAUAUCAGACAGCAACAGGAAAUGAGAGAGAAACUGGCCGCUGUCAAAGAGAAACGCCUGCUUAAUCAGAAACUGGGGAAGGUGAAGUUGCUUGCUGAAGAGGACCCUUGGCUGGAUGACACUGCUGCCUGGGUGGAGAGGAGCCGUAAGAUGGCCAAGGAGAAAGAGAUGGCAGAGAAACGAGCCAAGCUUCUGGAAGAGAUGGAUGAAGAGUUUGGUGUGAGUAAUCUGGUGGAGCAGGAGUUUGCACAGCAGAAAGGGGAGGCUUACGGUUCUCGGGACCUGAGAGGACUCUCGGUGCAGCACAAGAUGGAGUCUUUCAAAGAGGGCGAGACGCUAAUUCUGACCCUGGAGGACAAAGGUGUGCUGGAGGAGAGUGAAGACGUCCUGGUGAAUGUGAACCUGGUGGACAGAGAGAAAGCAGAGAAAAAUGUGGAGCUGAAGAAGAAGAAGCCUGACUACAAACCCUACGAGGAAGAAGAGAGCAUCGACGACAUGGCGACGUUCAAGCCGCGGUCGGUGCUGUCUAAAUAUGACGAGGAGAUUGACGGGGAGAAGAAGAAGAGUUUCAGGCUGGGCACAGGGGGGUAUGUGGGGGGAGAGAGGGAGAGGGAACUCCAGGCCAUCAGAGACACCCUACGCAAUCAGGCCCAGUCUCUGGAGAUGCCUGCUCUCACACUGGCCACCGAGUACUACACACCGCAGGAAAUGGUGGGCUUUAAAAAGACUAAGCGGCGAGUGAAGAAGAUUAGAAAGAAGGAGAAAACUGUGACUGCAGCAGACCUGCUAGAGGACGACACUCGUAGCUCAGACUUUGGCUCCAGGUCUCGUGGGCGGGGCAAAAGAGAGUUGGAUGAAGAGGUACAGGAGGGGGAAGCUGUGGUGGAGUCUAACAGCGCCGUCCCGGCGGUGGAUGUUCCUCAGCAGUCAGAUGACAUCAGGAUGGCCGACAUGGACAUCAGUGACGACGAGGAGUUUACUCCCCCGGAGCCUGUGAUGGUGGAGGAGGACGAGGCUGAGCAGGAGCUGCAGAAACAGCUGGAGAAACAGAGGAAACUCAGACAGAAACAGCUGCUCAAAGACUCGGCUGAGAAGGUGGUGGACCAGUUAAAAGUGCUCGGGCCCAUGGCGGGAGGUAGCGAAGAGGAUGAUCUCGACAAGAAGAACAAUAUCGUGUUCAACGCCACGUCCGAAUUCUGCCGCACCCUCGGGGAUAUCCCCACCUACGGCCUGUCAGGAAACCGAGAGGAUCAGGAGGACAUCAUGGAUUUCGAGAAGGAAGAUGAGAGAGAGGGAGAACGGAGCUCUGACUCAGACAUGGACGAAAACGUGGGAUGGAGCAUGGUCAACCUGGACGAAGAGCAAAAACAACCCGAUUUCUCCACCGCCUCCACCACUAUUCUGGAUGAAGAGCCUAUCGUUAACUCUGGUCUCGCUGCUGCUCUGCUACUCUGCAAGAAUAAAGGACUGCUGGACACUCAGGUUCAGAAGGUCGCUCGUGUUCGAGCCCCUAAAGGAACUUUGCACAAUGAUAACUACUGUAUCGAGGACAAGAUGACGAUAGAUGAUAAAUACAGCAGGAGAGAAGAGUACAGAGGCUUCACACAGGAGUUCAAAGAAAAGGAUAGCUACAAGCCCGACGUCAAGAUCGAGUACGUGGAUGAGUCUGGGCGCAAGCUGACCCCCAAAGAGGCUUUCCGCCAACUGUCUCAUCGCUUCCACGGGAAAGGUUCCGGAAAGAUGAAGACGGAGAGGAGGAUGAAGAAAUUGGAGGAAGAGGCGCUUCUGAAGAAAAUGAGCAGCAGUGACACUCCACUGGGAACAGUGGCCCUUCUUCAGGAGAAACAGAAAUCUCAGAAAACGCCCUACAUCGUUUUGAGUGGCAGCGGAAAGAGCAUGAACGCAAAUACCAUUACGAAAUAGAUGUCACUCAAGACUGAACUUCUGAGGCUGAUACAAGAAGAUCUCAGAUCUGAGGAACUGUGUAUAGGAACACUGUCUGACAUUUUUAAGUGGUUUUUGAAUUUAUUAAAGUCAAAUAGAUGCUAACGGUGUAUGUACUGAACAUUGUUAUUUCCUUUAAAUAAAAGUUUUGACUUGUAAUUUUUGCUAAAUUUUUUUUUCUUCAGCUGAAGGCUUCUCUGUGUUUUUUUGUCUGAGUAGACUGCGUUGCAUCAAUUUAAAAUUAAACACCGAUACUGAAGAA